AUUCUCUGGAUUCUGCUCUCCUCCUCACAGUUCCUUUCCAUCCUGAACUUCAUCGCGGUCGCCUUUUGUGUCUGGAAAUGAACGUGAUGCAAACGACCAUCCCAAUCACCAGGACCCAGGUCGUGACUCAGAGGAAAGCAUGUUGUGCUUUGUACACCGAUUUUCUAACUACGCAACCGGGAUUAUGCAAAUUAGGUGAACUGCUAUUCGGCGGUAUAUGUGUCGGACUCAUGAUAACUUACGGAAGCCCCAUGUACUUGACACUGGGAGUGGCCUAUCCACUUUUCUUGGUAAAUUCUUCAGCAGCUUUGCUGUUCGCUUCAGUAACCCUCUUCUGUUACCUAAUCUCGGAGCACACAUUCCGGGUUAUAAGGACAACAAUUCUUGAAAUAGUCCAGAAUAUUGUGGCAGCCAUCUUGUAUUCGGUGGGUUCAGCUUUUCUGAUUAUGCAUACUACGCUCUUCUUAUGGCCAAUGUAUAUUAUUAUUCCGUAUUUCCAGGCUUAUCCAGCUCUUAUGACGGCAGGGGUAAGGAUGAAUUUCUCUAAUUUUUCGUUAUUAUUCACUUUUGAUUGA